AUGGAGAGAAUAAUACUCCAAGGUCAACUCCAGACCGAGAACCGCUACCGCCAACACUUCUUCGAGGACAUCUGCGACAUGAUGGGCGAUCUAAGCCGAGGCUCUCCGUUGAAUCCGUACCAGCGUCGACAGAUAAUCAUUCAUGUUCAAUACUACCAGCGGUCUGGAAGAGAAUUGUUGAUGCGCAUGGCUCUGGAAAACCUCUUUCGAGCAGCGAAUCUGCCCUUUAACUUCCAGUUUGAGAUAGUUGGCAUAGAAGAGUUGGCACAAGCACUUGGUAUCAUCCGUAUCAAUGUCACUGUCCCGAAUUUCGGACCCGGAAUCGCAGGUAAUAUUGGUACCGGCACCAUGGGGCAGGUGAAUCAAGGGCUGGGUGUCACUGGUGUCACUGGUUUCCGCAACACUCAACCACAACUCGGCUCCGCUCCCAGUGGUAUAACUACCGGUAACAAUUUCAACGUCGCUUUCAAUCAGGGUAUUGGCCAACAAGGACUGGGCGCCACCGGGGGGCUGGCCGGCACCUCAAGUUACGGCCAGCCGGUGGUCGGUGUCCCGCCUCCCCAGUUGGCACAAGACAUCACCGCCGCUGGUCAAGAGAACGCGCACUCGUCAGGAUCUGGCGGCCAGGCCUAUCCCCAGCAGACGGGACCUGUGCCUCCUCCCUCGACCUUCCUUGACCAGCAGUUGCAGGACGAUUUUGACUUUCUCUUCAAUGACGACAAUCUCGCUGGUGAUGAUGCUGGUACCGGCCCAGCAUAUCAAUAUGAAGAUGAAGUUGAAGGUGAAGCCGAAGGUGAGGGUGAAGGCGAAGACGGAUCUGAAGAUGAAGAUGAAGAUCAAGACCCAUCCGACCCAGACUCAUGCACCACCACUCCCGCAACAAAGAGACAAAAGAAAGCAGACAAGCCAGCAAACCCCUGGGUCUUUGUCUGCGACCGCUGCGGCGCUGCAAAGAGAGAGAGACGAGACUUCACUGCCCACCAGCGCCACGGUGCCCAGCGAGACGGCUUCACUCUUGAUACUUCCGUCAGCCUCAACCCCCCAACCUGGACAGGCAAGGGUGACAACGACACAGUAUUCCGCGGAACCAUGCUGCAUGCGCCAGAGACAGCAGAUCUCCCCAAGCCGACAAAUCAGAUCUGCAUGAACAACCUGCGGGAGUGGCAGGCAGCCCGGGAGCGGGACGGCCAUAGACCAAAGACCGUGCAAGCCAAAGAGGCCAAGAAGGCGAAGGGUGCGGCGGCGUCCCCGGAUCCUUGA